AGCAGCACAUCGGACCUGCCCAGACCAGCCAACAGUGAGCUAGCUAGCUAGCGAGAUGAGAGUUGCGGUGGUGGGCGGCGGGGUGAGCGGGCUGACGGCGGCACAGGAGCUCGCGGCGAGCGGUGGCGCACGUGUCACCGUGUACGAGAAGGAGGACUGGCUUGGAGGGGGUGCCAGGACCGUGGCCUUCGGUGACGGCCCCGGCCUCGUCCGCCUCGACCUUUGCCCCAUGGUCUUCAAGCAGGCAACAUGCCCCAACAUGAUGCAAUGGUUAGAGUUGCUUGGGGUUGAGAUUGAAAGAUCGGAGUUAUCUUUCUCAGUGAGCACAAAAUUGGAUAAUGGCAGACAAUGUGAAUGGAGCACUAGCAAUGGUAUCUCGAGCCUUUUUGCACAAAAGAGCAAUGCAUUGAGGCCUAGCUUUUGGUGCACUAUCCGUGAGAUACUCAAGUUCAAGAGUGAUGUGCUUAGGUACCUGGAGUAUCAUGAAAAUAGCCAUCAUCUUGGCCGAAAUGAAACUUUGGGGCAGUUUGUUCAGUCGCAUGAAUAUUCAAGCCUUUUCCAAGAAUCUUAUCUUAUUCCUAUAUGCACAUCCAUUUGGUCAUGUCCAUCACAAGGAGUUUUGGGGUUCUCUGCUUUCUCCGUGCUAUCAUUUUUCCGUAACCAUGACCUUUUUCAGUUGUUUGGGCGCCCCGAGUCCUUCGCUGUCAAGGGUCAUUUGCAGUCAUUUGUAGACAAGGUAAGAGUGGAAUUGGAAAGCAUGGGCUGUCGAAUUAAAACCAGUUGUGCUGUGAAAUCUGUUUUAUGUCAUGACACAGCUGGCUAUAGAGUCCAAGAAGGGGAUGGUUCAGAAGAAAUUUACGACAAGGUCGUACUGGCGAUUCAUCCACCAGCUGCUCUCAAAAUUCUAGGAACUGAAGCUACACACGAGGAAUUGAGAAUUCUUGGUGCUUUUCAGUAUGUCUACAGUGAUAUAUACCUCCACUGUGAUAAAAGUUUGAUGCCACAAAAUUUAUCAGCAUGGAGCGCCUGGAACUUUCUGGGGGAAACAAGUAGGGUUGUGUUUGUUACGUACUGGCUAAACCUGAUUCAGAACAUUGAAUGUGCUAAGCCUUUCCUCGUGACAAUCAACCCCCCUCGUGUUCCGGAUCAUGUACUACUUAAAUGGUGUGCGAGCCAUCUUGUUCCGUCUAUGGCUUCUGUGAAGGCAUCUAUCCAGCUUGAUCAGAUCCAGGGAACGAGAGGGAUAUGGUUCUCUGAUGCAUAUCAAGGUCAUGGUUUCCACGAACAAGGGCUCAAGGCUGGUAAAGCAGCAGCGCAGGGUGUGCUUGGAAAGGAAGUUGACCAUGUGGUGAACCCAAAGCAGAUGGUCCCAUCAUGGACUGAGGCUGGGGCACGCCUUCUGGUAGCAAGAUUUCUUAACCGAUCCAUAUCCAUCGGUAACUUGAUAUUGCUCGAAGAUGGAGGCAGCAUGCUGAGUUUCGGUGAUGCUAGUGGCAAACAACAUGUAAAAUCUGUCCUGCGAGUUCAUGACCCAAUGUUCUAUUGGAAGGUCGCAACAGAAUCAGACCUCGGCUUGGCAGAUGCCUACAUUAACGGCUGGUGCUCUUUUGUGGAUAAGAAAGAAGGCCUUCUGAAUCUUUUCCUGAUUUUUAUAGCUAACAGAGAUGCACCAAACAGCAGUAGCAGCGUUGUCAGCAAAAGGGGUUGGUGGACACCUAUGCUUCUAACCGCCGGGCUGGCAUCUGCUAAAUAUUUUUUGCGCCACACCUCUAGGAAGAACUCUGUAACACAAACUCGUCGAAAUAUCUCACAACACUAUGAUCUGAGUAAUGAUUUCUUCUCGCUUUUUCUGGACAAAACGAUGACAUAUUCUUGUGGAAUUUUCAAGAGGGAGGAUGAAAGCUUAGAAGCAUCCCAGAUACGUAAACUGAACCUUCUAAUUUACAAGGCUAAAGUUGAGAGGGAUCAUCAUGUCCUUGAGAUCGGCAGCGGCUGGGGCGGCUUAGCAAUACAAGUGGUCAAGCAAACUGGCUGCAAAUACACUGGAAUAACUUUGUCAGAGGAGCAGCUUAAAUAUGCUCAGGGAAAAGUGAAGGAAGCUGGCUUAGAGGAUCACAUAACUUUCCUGCUGUGUGACUAUCGUCAAAUACCAGCUCGCAAAUAUGACAGAAUCAUAAGCUGUGAGAUGAUCGAACAUGUUGGUCAUGAAUACUUGGACGCAUUUUUUACCUGCUGUGAGUCUCACUUGGCUCAAGAUGGCAUUUUUGUCCUACAGGCCAUCACAAUGCCGGACGAACUCUAUGAGGAAUACAUUAGAAGCCCAGGCUUUAUAAAAGAAUACAUCUUCCCUGGGGGUUCACUUCCUUCUUUAUCCCGGAUAACAUCUGUGUCCGCCUCUGCUAGGCUCUGCAUAGAGCACCUUGAAAAUAUUAAUGGUGACCAGUAUUACUUGACUCUGAGGAGCUGGAGGGACAACCUAAUGGCCAACAAAGAUGAAAUUUUGGCACUCGGCUUUGAUGACAAGUUCAUCCGUGUAUGGGAGUACUACUUCAUAUACUGUGCGGCGGGAUUCAGAACACGAAUACUUGGAGAUUACCAGGUUGUGUUUUCUCGUCCGGGCAACAAUAAGCUGGCCCUCGAUUGAGAACUGAUCCUUGAUCCUCUUGACUCAGCUACCAAGCUAUGUGUAUCUAGCGCUCAUCUUAAUCCUUGAUCCUUGAUCUUGUCAGUUCUUCCAAGGUUUGCAGCUGGGCUCCCGGUGGCCUAAGAGUGGUUUUUAUCUGUGUUGCUUUAAUGGUUCAUGUUUGGUUUGUACGGGCAGUGUAUUCUGCUCAUGUAUCUUUUGAUGCAAAAAUUUCAGUUAUUUCCAAAAUAGUAGUGUAGUAUUGUUGAUCCAGAAUCCUAUGAGAAAGAGUUAGUUCACCUGUUUUAGCUGUUACCAGAUACAAUUUCUUUACCAUACUUUUAGCAUUGAUCCCCUUUC